AUGACGUAUACAGCUUCUCCCACAACAAUCACAGUUGCAGCUAUAUCAACCAGAGUUGCAGCAAUAACACCCGAAGUGCUGGCCUCAACAACCACAGCUGCUCCAACAACAACCACAGCUGCACAAACUUCAACAACAGCUUCUCCCACAACAACCACAGCUUCUCUCAUAACAACCACAGCGUCUCCCACAACAACCACAGCUUCUCCCACAACAAUCACAGUUGCAGCUAUAACAACCACAGUUGCAGCAACAACAACCGAAGUGCUGGCCUCAACAACCACAGCUGCUCCAACAACAACCACAGCUGCACAAACUACAACAACAGCUUCUCCCACAACAACCACAGCUUCUCCCACAACAACCACAACUUCUCCCACAACAACCACAGCUCCUACCACAACAACCACAGCUUAUGCCACAACAACCACAGUUGCAGCUACAACAACAAGAGCUGCAGCAACAACAACCGAAGUGCAGGCCUCAACAACCACAGCUGCUCCAACAACAACCACAUCUGCACAAACAACAACCACUGCUUCUCCCACAACAACCACAGCUUCUCCCACAACAACCACAGCUUCUCACACAACAACCACAGCUUCUCCCACAACAACCACAGAAUCUCCCACAACAACCACAGUUGCAGCGAAAACAACAAAAGCUUCAGCAAUAACACCCGAAGUAAUGGCCUCAACAACCACAGCAGCUCCAACAACAACCACAGCUGCACAAACUACAACAACAGCUUCUCCCACAACAACCACAGCUUCUCCCACAACAACCACAGCUUCUCCCACAACAACCACAGCUUCUCACACAACAACCACAGCUUCUCCCACAACAACCACAGAAUCUCCCACAACAACCACAGAUGCAGCGAAAACAACAAAAGCUUCAGCAAUAACACCCGAAGUGCUGGCCUCAACAACCACAGCUGCUCCAACAACAACCACAGCUGCACAAACUUCAACAACAGCUUCUCCCACAACAACCACAGCUUCUCUCAUAACAACCACAACGUCUCCCACAACAACCACAGCUUCUCCCACAACAAUCACAGUUGCAGCUAUAACAACCAGAGUUGCAGCAAUAACACCCGAAGUGCUGGCCUCAACAACCACAGCUGCUCCAACAACAACCACAGCUGCACAAACUUCAACAACAGCUUCUCCCACAACAACCACAGCCUCAACAACCACAGCUGCUCCAACAGCAAUCACAGCUGCACAAACUACAACCACAGCUUCUCCCACAACAACCUCAGUUGCAGCUACAACAACAAAAGCUUCUCCCACAACAAACACAGCUUCUCCCACAACACCCACAGCUUCUCCCACAACAACCACAUCUUCUACCACAACAACCACAGCUUCUCCCACUACAACCACAGUUGCAGCUACAACAACAAGAGCUGCAGCAACAACAACUGAAGUGCUGGCCUCAACAACCGCAGAUGCUCCAACAACAACCACAGCUGCACAAACUACAACCACAGCUUCUCCCACAACAACCACAGCUUCUACCACAACAACCACAGUUGCAGCUACAAAAACAAAAGCUGCAGCAACAACAACCGAAGCUCUGGCCUCAACAACCACAGCUUCUCCCACAACAACCACAGCUUCUCCCACAACAUUCACAACUUCUCAAACAAAAACCACAGCUUCUCCCAAAACUACAGCUUCUCCCACAACAACCACAGAUUCUCCCACAACAACCACAGCUUCUACCACAACAACCACAGCUUCUCCCACAACAACCACAGCUUCUCCCACAACAACCACAGUUGCAGCUACAACAACAAAAGCUGCAGCAACAACAACCGAAGCUCUGGCCUCAACAACCACAGCUGCUCCAACAGCAAUCACUGAUUCUCCCACAAAAACCACAGCUUCUCCAACAACAACCACAGCUUCUCCCACAACAACCACAGCUUCUCCCACAACAACCACAGCUUCUCCCACAACAACCAAAGCUUCUCUCACAACAACGACAGUGUCUCACACAACAACCACAGCUUCUACCACAACAACCACAGUUGCUGCUACAAAAACAAUAGCUGCAGCAACAACAACCGAAGCUCUGGCCUCAACAACCACAGCUUCUCCCACAACAACCACAGCUUCUCCCACAACAUUCACAACUUCUCACACAACAACCACAGCUUCUCCCAAAACUACAGCUUCUCCCACAACAACCACAGAUUCUCCCACAACAACCACAGCUUCUACCACAACAACCACAGCUUCUCCCACA